AUGGCAAUGGAAACGAUUUUGGGCAUAAAGGGUUCGGAUUUUGCGAUGCUUGCUUGUGAUACAAUGCAGGCAAAGUCUGUGAUCUUUAUGAAAGAUGAUCAGUCAAAAAUUCAUCGCCUCUCCGAGUUCUCAAUGCUGGCCGCGGUGGGUGAUGGCGGAGACACACUACAGUUUACUGAUUAUAUAGCCAAGCACUUGCAACUAUAUAAGAUAUCCAAUAACUAUCAUUUGACUCCACGCGGCACAGCGCACUUCACGCGCAAGAAUCUGGCGGACUAUAUAAGAACAAAUACCAGAUACCAGGUAUCGAUGCUAAUGGCUGGCUACGAUGUCAUCGAGGGACCCGAUCUGCAUUAUAUAGACUCGUAUGGCGCCGGAAUGCCUAUUAAUCAUGCUGGCCACGGCCUGGGCAGCCUGUUCUGCGGCAGCAUCUUCCAGCGGUAUUGGACAGAGGGGCUUAAACCGACACAGGCCUACGAUAUAUUGAAAAUGUGCGUGGCCGAGAUCCAGAAGCGUUUGAUCAUCAAUUUGCGCAACUUUGAUGUGUUCGUUGUGGACAGGAAUGGGACCCGUCAGCUGGAAUCGAUCAAUCCUUCCUCCUUUGACGCUGAUAUGUUAUGUCUUUCGCUCUCAGCUAGUAUUCAAAAUUUAGGCAAAAAGUCUUUAAGAUAGAUCUAAGUAUGGAUGAUAUAUGCAAACAUCACCUUUGCAAGUUUUAAUGGCUUAAGCUAAACGCUGUGGAGAUUAGUUGAUGUCUUAAGUUGUAUGAGAAAAGCGCCGUCUACCAUCUAUCAACUAGAAAGAGCCCAAGGUCAGUAAGUGCUUUUGCAGGAAGAUGGAAACGCAUUUCCAAAGCUCCGGGCAGCUGAAAAACGCAACUUUUUUAUGUAUUUAGAACCCCAAUAAGCCAUCCCAAAUGGUGGACAAGUAUGAAACGAAAACUGCACUGAGUCUUUCCAAGGGUAAGGUAUGGCGUCCCCAAUUUUAUUGGGCAUCUGCCGCUUAUCUCAAUCAAUUUGGUACCUCUACAGUAUCUGGAUACUGUUGCCCAGCAAGGCAGAAUUUCUGCGGACUGCACUGCUAUCUUACACAAUAAUAGCCGUAUUCUCCCCAGUUAUUUUCUUUUAAUUUUAGCCAUAACUUUUCGGCCCACUCGGGGAAAAAAAUCUGAACUUACGCUCAGAAAACCUAGCCCCUUAGCAUAUUUCAUCAAUCACUCAAUCAGUUUGUCAGUCAUACAGCUAGCGCAAGCAGUAUCAAAUUACAUAUGCUGAUAAUAAUAUUAAGUCAUUCAGGUAUAUAUAAAUGUUAUUAUAAUAGACCCAUGUCUAAU